UCUCACAAGCUGACCUGAGAGGAUCUUCAGUCUUAGCAGAAGAUUUGACACUUGGACUUGCUUGGACCGGUCUGUCCUAAGCUCUUCUGGCACAAUGAGCGGCGGCGGGACAAGCACGGUGCCGCCUCAGGCAUUCAAACGGGCCGUGAGGAAGAUCAAAUGCGCCGCCAUGGUGGCCAACCUGGCCAAGAGCUGGCAGGGCUGGGCCAAUGAGCAUGCGGACAAGCAGGACGCCAUCCCCAGCGGCUGGAUGCCUUCCUCUGUGGACCAGCAGGACAAAAAAGAGAGCAACCACGUGGUCAAACUUAGUAUAAUGCCCCGAGUGGUCGCUGCAGACGCUAGCGACAUCGCAAGUCCCAUCAGAACCUGCUCCGUCACCAAAACAGUGCAGCCCAAGCACAGCGAGUGCAGCGGCGGAGAUUUGGUCAGCGCCAUCCGGAGCAAGAUGGAGUCGGGGCCCGAGGAAAGCAAGCCAUUCCUGGGCAACGAAUCACCGACGCGGCGACGCCACAUGAGGGCGCUACACGGUGCUGGAGGAGGCGUCAUCCAUGACAGGAAGUUGAUGCUGCAAGACAGGAAGCUGGGGUCCAGGAGCAGCAGCCUGGACACGGAGGACAGCGGACUGGGGGACGAGACGACACCCGUCGACGGCAACGAUGCAAAGACCGAAACAACCGACGUCAAAAAACAGACAGGCAGGCCCAAGAUUAAGAUCGCCACCAUGGGCGACAUCAAGAGCCGCUGGCAGCAGUGGUCCGAGCAGCACGUGGAGGGCCAGAAGCUGAAUCCCUUCAGCGAGGACUUUGACCACGACUACGCCAUGAGCCAGCGCCUCCGCAAGGGCGACAGCGGCUACGGGCGCCCCAAAGAAGGCUCCAAGACGGCCGAGCGGGGCGACCGGGCCCACAGGCACAUCCACAGGGAGAUGGAGGAGAUGGUGUGGAUCAUCAGAGACAUGGGUUUCAAGGACCGAGACGGCAGGGUGGUGGUCACCUUCGGACGCCUCUUUGACCGCUACGUGAAGAUCUCGGACAAGGUGGUGGGCAUCCUGCUGCGCUGCCGCAAGCACAAGAUGCUCCACUUUGACGGUGAGAUGCUGUGGAAAGGACAGGACGAUCAUGUCGUCAUCACGCUGACGGACUGACACCGUGGGAGAAACCUUCUCGGUGGACCUACUGGAAGUUUUAAACAUGCUAGCUGCUAGCGCUACUUUGCCUCUGAGGUCGUACUACUUGACCAAAGUUAAAAUACCUCUAAGGUUGCACAAAAACCUGUCAUGCUUUGACAAACCUCAUGAGACUUGAAGAAGACCUUAAUUCUAAACCACGCAUUUUAGGAUUAGGGUUAGGGAAUUAGGGUUUAGGGUUAGAGUUGGGGUUGGGGUAGGAUGGGAGUUAAGGGUUAAUGUAGAGUUACAGUUAGGGUUGUGUUCAGGUAGGGUUAGAGUCAAUAUUUAGGGUUUAGGUUAGGUUGAGGGUAAGCCUUAGGGUUAGAGUUGGGAUUGGGGUAAAAUGAGAGAUCAGGGUUUGGUUGAGUUAGAAUUACAGUUGGGUUAGGGUUAGAGUUCAAAUUUAGGGUUAGGGUUACGGAUUCGUUUUAGGGAUUAGUCUUAGAGUUGGUGAUGGGUAGGAUGAGAGGGGCUAGGGUAGAGCCAGAGUUAGCAUUAGGUUAGGGUUUAG